CACCUUCGUUCGGCGAGGGUUAUCGUGUUCGGUGGUGAAUACUCGUUGCGGGUGACGGAUCGCCACCGUCUGUCAUUCGUCGAUCAGCUGAUCCCUGGUUAGUGUUAUCCUGGCAACUGCCUCGUCGUCCAAGCCAGCAACGAUUCAGUCGACCAUCCUCUCAACGUUCCAGCCCAGUGCCUGCGAAUUAGGAAGUGGCUGAGCACCCGGGGGACAACAAGAUUCAGGGUAGAAACACGAGAGUCCGAGAAAAGUCCUGGACAGACGAGAGGAGCGUGAUUGAAUAACCGUGGGAAACUUAAAAAAAGAACUCUGGGUCAAGGUUCGAAGAACGUCAGACAUCAGAACGAUGUGAGAAGACUAUAUGGGUGAACACCAAACGAGCAAGGAAGACUCGACGAAAUCACGAACACGUGGCGGGACGUGAAGCGGGCGUUGAGCCUGCUGUGCGUGAAGAAAUUCUCCGGCAGCGGAACAAUGCUGGAAGCGCCGCCCGGAAGUCGCGAGGACCUCGUGGAAGCAGCGAGAACACCAUGUACGCCCACAGAUCUGGACACGAUGCUAUAUGGAUACACGAACAACAUAUACGUGCUGGACCACACUCCUGAGUCCCUGCCGGACAUGGACAUGUUGCAACUGUUCGCCUCGCCAGCGGGUCGAGCGUUGCUCAGCAGCGACAAUCGGCCGAGAAGAUCGACGUCGACCUCCUCCUUGUCUCGAGAGUCCUCUUCAAGGUUGAAGAGCGGCAGAAGACCGUCGGGUACGGGCAUAGUCAGCGCACCGACCUCGCCACCGAGGCAACGCAAAUCUAGCGCGGAACUCUACAAAGAGGCUGUCGAGAUCCUCGGCCUCACCUGUUCGCUGACCGACAGCUGCCGAUGUAUCGACUGCCAGAGCAACUACUUCGACUGCGACGACGAUUGUGGUGACGCGAGACCGGAAUUGGCUGCAGGCACUCCGAUCCUGCUGGACCACGCUCUGUCGCAUCCGUUGACAUGUUCCAUUCAGUAGCAGCCGACCAA